UUAAUGGUGGCUGAAAAGCCUAUGUUGGCAGAUUCAAUUGCAAAUCUUCUAUCAAAUGGGCAAGCAAGAAAACGAAAAGGCUGGAAUGGUGUCUGCUCAGUCAGCGAAUACGAUGGCCAAUUCAACGGUAGAAACGCAAAAUUCAAAGUCACAAGUACCUGUGGGCAUGUGAUGUCUCUAGACUUUCCUUCGAAAUACAACAAUUGGGAACGCGUCGAUCCAGCCGAGCUCUACAGUGCUCCAGCUGUCAAAAUCGAGGCUAAUGCGAAAAUGAAGAUGAACGAGUUUCUGGCCUCCGAAGCGAAAACUGCCGAUAUUUUAGUUUUGUGGUUGGAUUGUGACAAGGAAGGAGAGAAUAUUUGCUUUGAGGUUGGCUUAAAUCCAAUGUUCAAAAAUCGGCCAGACUUUAUGUCGGAUGUCUAUCGAGCACAUUUUUCAGCUAUCACUGAGAAAGAUCUGAAAGCGGCGAUGAAAAAUCUGGGACGUCCGGAUCAGAAUAUGGCGUUGUCUGUUGAUGCGAGACAAGAGCUUGAUCUACGUAUCGGAUGCUCGUUCACACGGUUUCAGACCAAAUUCAAUUGCAAAUCUUCUAUCAAAUGGGCAAGCAAGAAAACGAAAAGCACAGUCAUCUCCUAUGGACCUUGCCAAACUCCCACUCUCGGUUUCUGUGUCACACGCCACGAUCAGAUUGUGCAGUUCAAACCGGAAUCUUACUGGGUUCUGAAGACGACGUUCUCCUGUGACUCACAAACUUUCUCACCCGAAUGGCAACGUGGCAGAAUUUUCGACGCUGAAAUCGCAAAAUUGUUCGUUGAUAGAAUCAAGAAGUCCCACACUGGAGUCGUGGUCGAUGUCAGCAAGAAAGAAGCGAGAAAGGAACGUCCAUGUGCUCUGAAUACUGUAGAACUGAUGAGAGUUGCCAGUAGUUCCCUUGGCUUAAGCCCGUCUACCACAAUGCACGUAGCAGAAUCGCUCUACACUCAAGGAUACAUCUCUUAUCCAAGAACGGAAACUACGGCGUAUCCAGCGAAUUUCGAUCUGAAUGGCACACUCAAAAUCUUGUCAGGAGACAGGAAAUGGGGUUCAGUGGUAUCGCAAGUACUAGCAGAAGGAAUCAAACGACCAAAGAGUGGAGUGGAUAAAGGAGAUCACCCUCCGAUUACUCCGAUGAGAGCCAACACUGGAGGGCUGUCUGGAGACAUGGCACGAAUCUACGAAUACGUUUCUCAACACUUUGUGGCAACAUUAAUGAAACCAUGUAUCUAUGAAGUGACAACAGUAAAGAUGAUGUGCGGUGAAGAACAGUUCACCAUUCAAGGAAAAAAUGUCGUGGAUCCCGGAUUCACUGCAAUUAUGCCUUGGUUGGGUGUCGAAGAGGAAUGCAGUGUUCCAAAGAGUUUGCAGCAAGUUGGAGCUAAAAUCGAACUUCAAGAUGCCCAAAUACAGGCGCGUGAAACAACUCCUCCUGGAUAUCUAACUGAAGCCGAGCUGAUUACGUUGAUGGAGAAACACGGUAUUGGUACGGAUGCCUCUAUUCCUGUUCACAUCAACACUAUCACUCAACGAAACUAUGUUACCGUGGAGAGUGGGCGGAGACUUGUUCCAACUCGUUUGGGGCAAUGUUUGGUUAGAGGAUACUGGAAAGUUGAUCCGGAAUUGGUAUUGCCGACGAUGAGAGCAGAGUUGGAGGAGCAAUUGAAUUUAGUUGCUAGUGGGAAGGCGGAUUAUCAUGAUGUCAAAAACCAUGCACUGAAAAUGUUCGAAAUGAAAUUC